UCUAUCACCAUUCCACCGCCUCCAUCGUUCAUCACUUAUUCCUCACACGUCCCGAGAGGAUAAGAUGCCAUGGAGGCCGCGGGGAGAAUGGCACUUUACGUUUGCUCGCUUCUGGUCCUUCUCACAGAGAUCAGUGGAAAAUUCAUAAAUGUUCCGUCAUCAAUCCGCCAUGGCAUCGAGGGGAAGUCCUUACGCCUGCCCGUGGAGAUGUACUUCCAGUUGGACGAGGCAGAGAUCCAGGGAACGUGGUCCCACACCACGACAAGUGGCAUCAGGACCACGCUGGUGACAUUUACCAACCAGUCCUCCAUCACUGACAUGAUGUACCGCAACCACAUCUUUUUUAAAGAGCCCAAUAUGUCCUUGUUUAUACAAAGACUAAACCGGCGUGAUGAGGGAGAUUAUCACCUCAACCUAAACAUAGAGUUUCUCAACAACUCAGGGCAGGUUUUCAAAGAAGAGAGGACAGUGCGUGUCACUGUGGACAUUCCCGUGUCCAUUCCAGUUAUCAAGAAGAGCCCAUCUUAUGCAGUAGUUGAGGACAAAGCCAACGUUACAUGGACAUGUUCAGUGGAGAGAGGAACGAGUGUUGUUUUUCAGUGGUUCAGAGACAAUGCGCUUGUGGGUGUCAGCGACAGAUAUCACUUUUCCAAAGACAAAUCCACGCUGGUGAUCAGUCCCGUGAAAAAGGAGGACAAGGGAAGCUACCGCUGUGCAGCUAGCAACCCCGUCAGCCAGGAGACAUGCAGGACGACCGUGGAGCUCACUGUUUAUUAUGGCCCGUACAACCUAGAGGUAAACUCCGACCAAGGCCUUCGCACAGGGGAGGUGUUUACCAUCAACCCUGGUGAACCGGUCUUCUUUGACUGCCAAGCCGAUUCCAACCCCCCCAACAGCUACGUGUGGAUCUCCAAGGGGCGAAACACAACCAUCACCGUGGGCCCGCGGUUGGAGGUCCUCUCCUAUAGACUGGCCCAGGCUGAGGACUACCUGUGCCGCGCGUUCAACAAUGUGACACAAAAGCAAGACGAGACCCAGUUUACCCUGGUGGUGGCCAGCCUGGGAACAGGAAAAGAGAAGCACACCCAGGAUUAUAACGCUGUAUCCCCGCUGGGUGUUAUUACUGUGUGCUCUUUGCUCAUCAUCGGCGGCAUGCUACUUGUCCUUUUUAGGAAAGCCUGUCACCCAAAGAGAGUGCUCAUGAGAAUUUAUAACAGACCAAUCUCUGAUCAGAAACGACCGCAUCGAUCGGGCCAUGAAGAUGCAACUGAAGACUUUGGAAUCUAUGAAUUUGUCUCCGUGCCUGGAAAAAUGGAAUCCACACAGGCGUCAUGCAGAUCUCUGGCUCGUCUGGAGUCAGUUCAAGAUAUGCACACCACAAUCUACGAUGUCAUCAGACAUGUUCCCGAAACCCCUGGGCAGAGUUUGUUGAAGUGAAUUUUAAGUCCUCAACUUAAAAAAAAAAAAAAAAAAGCCACCUUUGUAUGUAUUUAGACUCUUGUCAAAGCCCAAGGCACUACUUUUGGUGGCUCAAUGUUUGCACAAGAGCUGAUGGAGACCUGUGCGAGUACACAAAUAUUGUGCACUGUUGUGGUCCACAGUCUGAGACUGGUAAUUUAUUUCAUGAUGGCAAUUUUAUUAUAAUUAUUACGUUUUUUUAAAACCCCAAUUUAAGAUGACGCUUUCUUAAAUGGAUAUUGUUCUUACGUCUUCUUCAGGAAAACAGUAAAUGUGGGAUGUUGCAAAAAAAAAGAAAAUAUUAAAAUCCACAUUUAAAGCCUGUUUCUUAGAUUUUAAUCAAACA